AUGGAGGAUAUUCAACAAUAUCAAUACACUCCUCUUCUCGAACCUGAUGCAUUUCGCAUUAUCGUCAUUCAUCCCGCCUUAUCCAUCAAAUCACCUUUAUCAUGCAGCUUAAUUCACUCUACUCUAUUCCAUUACAAUCAACCUGUCAUAGAUAAUUAUUCGGCACUUUCUUAUGUCUGGGGAGACGCAAAUAACAGGAGGACAAUAUUAGUCGAUGAGAAACCACUACUUGUUACCGCAAGUCUUGACUCGGCAUUGCGACAUUCACGAGAUAACAAAAAAGAUGUAAUGAUAUGGGCAGAUGGAAUUUGUAUCAAUCAAUCUGACUCCGAAGAAAAGAAUAGACAAGUUGGGCUGAUGAGUGUGAUUUAUGAAGUUGCAAGUCACACUAUCAUAUUCCUUGGAGAAACAACCUCAGAAACCGAUGAAAUGUUUAAAUCAUUGCUCCGCCCAAUAUCAUCGUCAUUGACGAAGCAAAAUAAACCUGGACUUUUAUCUAAUUUUCGAGCGUCGCACAAUACCGACACAUUUGAUCUAGAAUCGAAGGAAGGUAUAGAGUCGAAAGUUCAUGACCUAAUUCGUCACGUAUUAGAUAUGCCAUGGUUCAGAAGAAUCUGGAUUCUUCAAGAACUAGUUAUUUCUUGUGAUCCUUGGGUACAAGUGGGAACUCAUCGUCUCAAAUGGAAAGACUUCAAAAGCCUCAUUUUCGAAUCCAAUUCUGAGUAUGACUCUGCAUACAUCAAGACUCCAAACUACGAUGUUCUAGCCGAGAUGUGCACGUUACGCGAAGAUUUUGUAUCGAGGAACUUGGAGAGCUCCGACCCAUGCCAUUAUCUGCUUAAGAUUCUUCACUCGCGUCGUGGAUAUGGCGUCUCCGAUCCAAGAGAUAUGUUGUACGGACAUCUCGCCAUGUUUGCAAACCACACAAAAAGCAAGGACCCGAAAAUCGAAAAAUUGAUCGAAAUUGAUUAUCGAAAAACCACAACGGAGGUUUAUACGGAUUUGGCAUUGUAUUUUUUAAGUCUACAGCUUAGUUUUGAAUUCCUGUCGCAUGUGGAAGAUGUAAACUUUGAAGAGAGGAAAUGGAAUCUGCCGACUUGGGUGCCGGAUUGGACCUCGAAUAAAGUUUCCACGGAAGCGAAGUGGCGUUUGCAGAAAGGGGAGACAAUCAACGAGAUUCAUGGUAUAAGGGAUAUACAUAUCGUUUUGGGGGAAAAGGCUGUAUUGGGCUGUAUUGGAACAAAGGUAAAUUGUGUGGAAAUGGUUAAAAAUGAGAUUCCGAGGAGGGAGGAUGUUUUCGCUUUGUGUCACAAAAUCAAGAACUUGCGUGCAAUGAGAUUUCCUCGAGAGAAUGAACAUUUUGCUGAUAGGAGAAUGUUCGUUCGUCUCGUUUGUGAACAUUUCUGUGCGUGGUUCAAUACCUCGGACGCUUCACCCUAUAGUUUAAUCUCAAACGAUCUGGAAAAGCUCUUUGAUGACCACCGGUAUUCACACGCCCAGACGGAAUUUUACAAAAGAUUGGAUUGGAUUUCCGGAACCGCGAAUCCCGCGAAUCUAAAGCCACUGGAAAAUUAUUUGGAAGUGUUGCGUUAUUGCUACCACUCGAAAGAAUUAUGGAUAUACAUAUUAAUGGCCAUGACGGAUGUCAGUGGAAAUUUUUUCGGAGGGAAGAAGCUUGCGGUUUUGAGGAACAGAGAGAUUGCGCUGGUGAGUAUGUGGACGGAAGUGGGAGAUGAGAUUUGGAGGUUUGAUGAGGAGGAAGAGGGGUCGUGUUAUGUCUUCCGGGGUUAUGACGAUGACAAGGGCGCUCGGCAGAUUGAGAAGAAGGAAACCGAAGAGGAAAAUGAUGGUAGAGCGGAGAUGGAUAGAACAUUCGAGGCAUUUUUUGAGAGGAAGAAAAAGGGGGUUAUGGAGAAAUAUGUAGACUGUGGGGAUGAUGGACGAAUUCUUUGGCGCGAGAGGAUUUUUGAGACGAGGAGAUGUUUUCUUGUUUUGAAAAAGAGAGCUUAUUUGUGGAUGGCGAAUUCACUAUUGAGAGCAGCACGAGUGUUGGCAAAACUUGAGGAUGAGGGGAAUAACGAUGGAGGAGGGAAGAGAAAUAGGAAAAAGGAGUUGGAAGAGAACUUGAAGAGAAAAAUGGAAACGGUUGUUGGGAAUUUGCUCAACGAGAUGACAAGGGUUCGAGAUCGUUACUCAGCUACACGGUGUGAGAUAAAGAAUGGAGAGAUGAUUCUUUUGAAAACAGAUGUGGGUGGAGUGGGGACAGGAACGGGAACAGUGGGAGUGAAUCAUGUUAGGUAUGUGGGGGAGUGCAUCCUUGGUCUUGAAUUGAGGUUUGAUGAUAGAUAUGAAUACGAAUAUGACGAUAAGAAAAAGAGAUUGAGAAAGGGAAGGGAAAGAGGAAUUGAAUGGCGGAGAGAGAAGGAAAAUAAGAGGAAGAUAGAGCUCUUCAAAUGCUGA